CUGUAACACAUGAUGAACCAGACAUAAGCUAUUUUUCAGCCGCUACAACUGCAUCUACUAAAUUGCUUGAGAUUUAUUCAUGUACGAUACUUAGAGUCUGAGGAUUUAAGACGGUUAUUGAAAAAAUCAUGGCACGUCUUCUGGAGAUAACAAUUUGUGCAAUCGCUUGCGCUAUGAUAUUGCCGUCAAACACAGAAGGAGCGGUAGUAUUGUGUGGAAAGGUGUAUAGACCAUGUUUUGAAAGUCUGUGUAGGUGUUCUGAUAAAUGUGUGAGUUGUACAAACAACGCGGAAAAUCUCACACGGAUUCCGGACUUACGCCCUACAACCGAGUUUCUGAACUUUUCAUCAAACUACCUCGGAGAGCUGACAAGAGAUAUGUUACGAAAUAUAACACAGUUGAAAGUUCUAAUUCUUCGCAACAACAGUAUUACAAACAUCUCCAGAGACACCUUUCAAGACAUGCUAAUGCUGGUGGUUCUUGAUCUCAGAUACAGUAGUGUGUCUGUAAGUGUUCUUCAGGCAUCUUUUCAUAGUUUGCAUAACACGCUUAGAACUCUUGACGUUUCCCAUAACAGGUUUUUGCGGAAUAUUACAGAAGAUUUUGUUGACGGGCUUACACGACUGAAUAUAAUAAGUCUGAAAAUGGGUUUUUGUCAUCUGAAAUACGUUAAUUUUUCUGUGAUAUCUCGUCUGGACUCACUACGUGUUCUAUAUGUUGUUUACAAUGACAUUGCUUGGACAACAGCUGAAGUUCCAUGGUAUUUAACUGUGAUUUCGUUCCGUUCAAACUCACUGACAGAGCUUCCCAGAUUUUGUGAUAAUACCAAUAAUUCACAACUUCAAUCAUUAGAUUUACGCCAAAAUGCCAUAAGAUACAUGUCAAAUGUUAGUCUGAAAUGUCUAAAAAAAUUGAAAUAUUUCAAUUUCAUAGAAAAUUUAAUAACGAAGAUUCAUUCAAAUACAUUUUCAUCAUUACCAAACCUUCAGUUUAUUGCCCUAAGUAAUGCUUUUAGAAGUUACGAAGCUGAAGAAAGACUCGAAGAAUAUGCAUUUAAUAACAGUGCUGUUAAAAAGCUUUAUCUCAGUGGCAUUGCUAAAUUUGGUUAUUUCGAUUUCAUCGUUAACGUGAAGGCACUGAGAGGAUGUACCGGAGUUACAUGGUUGGACCUCUCGUACAAUACGAUGCUGUACUUUAACGAUAGCUUUUUCGAAACAAUCUUAUCUGGUCUUGACAAAAUAGAGAUGCUACGAAUGCCAAGGUGUCAGUUAUCCUUUUUUCCAAAUGUAAUAUCGAACUUCCGGGAACUUAAAGAACUUGAUCUUCAUGGAAACCGAAUUACGUCUUUAGAUCCAGGAGUGUUCACCAACUUGACAAAACUCAGACGUAUAAGACUCUCACAGAAUGCCAUCCAGGUCGUAAGUGAAGCUGUAUUUCCUGUACCAAUCAGAAAUCAACUCACAAACGUGAAUUUAGCAAAAAAUGAUUAUCUCUGCACUUGUGCUAACCUUUGGUUUAUUACAUGGGUACAGACAGAUAAACACAUAUUCACGGACUUCCCCGAUUUAUAUCAAUGUGAAUACCCUCCGAACCUCAAAUCAACGCUUCUGAUUGAUGCCAAUGUCUCUGAAGAGACGUGUCGGAUCUCACCUUAUGUGUUUCCCAUAGUCUAUGGUUUUUCAAUAGUUUCAAUAGUGUUGAUAGUCGUUUUCUCCAUUGCCUAUAGAUUACGUUGGCGCAUUCGCUAUUAUAUCCACAUGUUGAGAUACAAAAAGAGGAAGGAAGUUGAUGAAGAGAGAUACAUCUAUGAUGCUUUUGUGGUUUAUUGUGAGGAUGAUUCCAGAUGGGUAAGGAAUAAUAUCUUACCAAGGAUUGAAGACGAAGCCAACUUUAAGCUGUGUAUCCACGAGAGAGACUUUGUUCCUGGGAAAUAUAUAGUUGAUAACAUAGUAACCAAUUUGGAUAAUAGCAGAAAUGUCAUCAUGGUGCUGUCUAAUUAUUUCAUUCUGAGUCCAUGGUGUCAGUUUGAACUAACUCUGAUCCAGAAACAAGCUCUGGAGAAGGACGAGGGCUACGUGGUGGUGGUGCUGCUUGAAAACAUUGAGGCCAGGAACAUGACGUCAUCACUGUAUGCCCUCUUUCAGACGACUACCUAUAUCACGUGGCCAGACGAGGAGGAGGAUAGACAUGUAUUCUGGAUGCGACUUAAACAAUGUUUGCAGAGAUAGUUUAAAAAAAAUAAAAAUCUUUUAAGAAGAUGUAUAGAGAAUAAAUGCUCUGUUAAUUCAUCACUGAUGAUUAAUAUUUUUCUAUGUUAAAAUUGUUUUUAACUGACUUACGAUUCUGUCUCUAACAUUCUCUGCUCCUGUACAUCUAAUAUACAUAUGGUUAACAAACUUCGAAUCACCAAAAUGUGGUAAUAUUCGUGUAUAUAUAGAUAUUCCAAGGGGUAACUGACCUCAGGGUGGAGUUUCUGGAAUAAGUGUUGCGCAUAAACAAUGUACAUACGCAACUGAAAAUUAUGAGAGGUCCAGAUUGAGGGACUGCUCCCUCGUAUUUGUAUUGUUUAUGUACCUUAAAUGUUUUUUUCCCUCGGGUUGUAAUUUUAGAAAUAAACGACGAGUGGGAGUGAGUUGUCGUACAAUAAAACACUGCAAGGAGAUAAACCACGAGACGCGCAGCCCCGAGUGGUUUAUUCUCCCUGCAGUGUUUUGUUGUAUGAUAAACAACGAUGAGAUAUCAACACUAUGUACAACUCUUAUGAGGAUGUCAGUACAAUUGUACACGCUUUGAAAAUAUUUACAUGUUUUAAAAUAAUGAUGACUCCCCGAAUACAAUCCGACCUCGGCAAUGUCGGACAGCUCCAUAUUGUGUAGAGGGGGAUAAGUUUGGUAUUCUCACAAUGUUCACGUCGAUUAGCUGCACCUUUUCUCCCAACGUGGAUUGUGAUAUCGCUCCCACUUUUGGGUGCGAUCGUGUGGCCAUUGCAUUAAUCUGCGCUGUCCAGCUACAUCUAUGGGGAACAACUCAUAAGACUAUUUCCUCUCAAAAAUAACGUCGUCCAGUUUACGACGUCAUCAAGUCGCGCGCGCAUGUUCGAAUCUCCAGAAAUGACGUCAUUAUAGAACAAUGGUUUAUCGUGAAAUAAACCACGUUUCGUUCUUCAUUGUUCUUUGCGAUUUGUCGCGUAGCUAUCUUAUAUUUACCUUUUAGGUGGUAACUAAAUUAUCACUUGGGCCUUUAUUGUAUAUAGAACGUCUUCUUGAAGUGCAAACACUGCACCUUAUCACGGUGGUCCUUUUACUCAUCUUAAUUCUAAUGCUUAUCCCUAGCAUCGGAUUAAAGUUUGUUGAGAGACACAAAUACCAGUCUUGGCUCGCCGCUUUGGUUGAAGGACUACCGAUUAGGACCGAUUUUCCUAAUCCGACUUAAUUACUUAAAUCCUUAAAGUUUUAGCUUAGUAUUUUUGGUUUAUACCAUGCAUGUAUGUAAUUGUGUUAUUUGUACUUCAUCUCAAUAAAUUGUGCUGAAUCUA